AUGUCGAUCAGAUCGCCCGCACUUGUGGCCGGAGCAUUGCUGCUCCUGUGCAGCGCUUUGAUGGCGGAGGAGCUUCCCGAUGACGCGGCAUUUCAACGGGAAGCGAGGAACUUUCCCUAUUCUAUCAAUCUGGUCAAACUCCUUCCACCAACACGUGAACGGGUCUAUGUGGCAAAUGAUGCACGCAGUCUAAAAGCGGCAGAAGAUGAUCUCAACUCCAUCCUCGAGAGCCUUGACGCGAACAGUCCGUCGAGGAAGCAAAAAAGAUACGCUUGCCGCUUCAAAUUCUGCCGCAUUUUCGACGCA